UUCUUAUUCUCCGCUUCUAUGCCCAGAUCACGAUAGAACAUUCAGAAACAAACUUGGUAUCUCCAAACUCCGUAUCUAGAGUGCCGUGUUACUGGAACACCUGCGGAAAGCGAACAAACCGGGCUCAUCGGGCAGAAGGAAGCGGUCAAGAUGAGAGUGACGAAACCAGCAUGGGUUACCCAUUCAGAUAGCAAGAAGCAAAGAAACUCCCUCUUUGGCCUGCAUGUCCACCCGGAUUGUUCAAGACUAGCUACCGGAGGCAUAGAUGCCAAGAUUAGAAUCUGGUCAACACUCCCAAUCCUAUCCAAACAAGCCGAAGACAAUGUAGCGAAUCCCAAGCUGCUAUGCACCUUGAGCAAUCAUAACGGCCCUGUUCUCUGUGUACGUUGGGCACACCACGGGAGAUUUCUAGCCAGUGGCUCGGAUGAUGGAAUCGUCCUCAUCUGGAACCUCGACCUUUACGGCGCGGGUAAAGUUUUCGGUUCCGAUGAGGUCAACGUAGAAGCAUGGAAACCUCUGAAACGGCUCGUAGGGCAUCAAUCCGAUGUGGUAGAUAUCGCUUGGAACAGGGACGACUCCAUGAUCGCUUCGGUCGGUCUGGACAGCACGAUUUUCAUCUGGGAUGGGUAUACUUUCGAACUUAUCAGAAAGAUCGAAGGGCAUCAAGGGUUCGUCAAAGGGGUCUGUUGGGAUCCCGUCGGGCAGUAUCUGGCUACACAAAGCGACGACAAGACGGUCAAGAUCUGGAGUACGCAGGAUUGGUCAUGCGUGGAGACUGUAUCCAAACCCUUCAAGAACUCGCCAGGAAGCACCUUCUUCCGACGAUUGAGCUGGUCGCCAGACGGAGAGUUCAUUGCUGCAUCGAACGCUAUGAACGGACCUAUCUUUGUCGGAGCAGUCAUUGAGCGGCGAGGGUGGGGAAGCGAGAUCUCGUUUGUUGGGCACGAAAACACGAUCCAGGUGGCGGCGUUCAAUCCGCUCGUUUGUUUUCCCAAGGGGAAGAAGAGGGAGGCUUCGUCGGCAUCCUCGAUGGUAGCAUUGGGAGCAGAUGACAAUUCGAUAUCGAUCUGGAGAAAUACAAACAACGUGCCCACGUUUGUGGCAAAGGAUGUCUUCGACAGGCAGAUCCUGGACCUCUGUUGGUCUGCUGACGGAUUGGUAGUGUACGGAUGUUCUUCCGAUGGGACGAUCAUCGCGAUCCAGUUCGAUGCAUCUGAGCUUCCCGAUCUCGGUACAGCGGAGGAUACGACGAAGCUUCUCGAAGCGAACGAAUGGAAGCCUACAAAGGUCAACAGGAGCGGAGCAAUGCACCAGCAACAAGUAUCUGCCAGGCAGACCUCUUCGCAAGCGUCGAGUCUAUUAUCGCUCGCUACUCCGUCGAAGGGCGGUAUCAACUAUUUGCAGCCUCGUAAAGGUGCGCAGAAGAUGACACGUUUGCCGGACGGAAAGAGGAGGAUUCAACCCGGCUCGGCUCUGGGUAGUGCGAAUCCGAUCGUAUCGCGCCCACUCCCUCAACAACCGAUCGCUAGCACCAGUAACCCAGGAGGUGCCAUCGACGUAUUUGCAGCAGCAGCCGAUCAGCCGCUCGAGAGUCAAUCGAACGUGAUCCAAUCGAGGGACGACCUGAUCCAGAACGCUCCUUCCGCAUUUGAAGACGAAAACAUGCAACGAGGGGAGAAGAGGAAAUAUUCGAUCGGAGAGUAUGACCCUCCGAGUCGACAAGUCAAGACGAGGACGUUGGGCGGAGGCGAGCGUCCCAAAGAGACGUGGCCUGUCCGUGAACUGAGACCAGCGAUGCAGGGGAUCAAGAACAUGAGCUCAAUCUCGGCCAGCCGUCUCAAGUUACCGCUUCCCAUGAUACAGAACAGGAUCAGAGUCAGGUCGGAGGACGAUGAACACUUGGUCGCCGAGGCGGAAAACUCUGAUAAUGAACAACCGCAUCGAGUCACUUUCUUGCAGAAGGGGGCGGUGCAAUGGCUGGACUUUCCCGCCAAAGCCGUCGUCGCUCUUGCUGUCAGUGCGUAUGGUCUCGUCUGUGCAACAGAGGGCGGAACCGUUGUCGUUUACAGUCCAGCAGGCGUCAGACUCAUCUCGGAGCACAAGGUCGAUUGUCCAGUCUCCUACGUGUCUGCUUCUGGUAAAUAUGGAAUGGUCGUCACCUCGAGCGGCAAGAUCUAUGGCUGGAACAUGCUUUCCCGAAAAGCUGCUUUCGCACCAACCGACAUGGUACACCUUCUCGACAAGGAGACUGAAAUUCAUUCGGCGACCAUCCGACCCAACGGGACCCCGUUGAUUCAACUUACAAACGGGGAAGCCUACGCGUACAACAUCGAGUCGCAGGUAUUCGAGAACGUAUGCUCGCUGUGGUAUGCGGAACGGUCGUCUUACUGGACGCGGACGAGGGCUUCAAGUUCAAACCCCAAGAAUAUCGUCGCCUACCUGGAGACCAGCCUCAACACCCUCCGUCCCGACGUUGUCGCCGCAGCGGAAGCGGCUGGUGCGAAGGUCAAACCUAGGUGGUUUGACGAUGCGAUCCCAUUAGGACACCUCGAGACGAGACUACAGGCCUGUGCGCUGCUCAACUCGCCGAACGAGUACAAGACGUUCUUGACAUCGUAUGCCAAGAAGAUUGCCGACGAGGGGUACAGGAACAAGGCGGAACAGCUGGCCAAAGACCUUUACGGGCCAAUAUCGUUUGGCACGGCAAAUCACAGCGAGUACAAGGCGACGGUGUGCGGACUGAACAAAAAGGAUCUCUUGAAGGACGUACUCAAUAUAUUCGGCAAGACGCAUAGUCUGAGUGAAGUAUCGACCGUCUGGCAGGAACGGCUCCGAUUAGCCGCUAGUGAAGCCUGAAACGGGGUAGAUGGGGGCUGACGAGCCUAGCGCGCGCCCAAGUGAUCUUUCGAGAUGACAAUACGAGAGUUUAGAACAAGUGGGAUCUCGAAAUGUAGCAAGUUGUAGCUAUACGAAGCGUUCGAUGUCGAUUCCUAGAUCCAAGUCAUACAGAUCGA